AUGACUGAAGUACACCGGGAUUGGCAUGAGAAGCUGCCUUACGCAUUGAUGGCAUACAGAAUUACUAUCAGAACUUCUACUGGUGCAACUCCUUACUCUCUUAUGUAUGGAAUGGAAGCAGUACUGCCUGCAGAAAUUGAAAUUCCUUCCUUACGCAUUCUGAUAGAAGCCCUAAUAGAAGAAGCUGCAUGGGUCAGAGAACGUCAGGAGCAGUUGUCUCUGAUUGAUGAAAAAAGAUUGAAUGCCAUCUGUCAUGGACAAUGUUAUCAGCAACGAAUGGCCCGGGUUUACAACAAAAAAGUCAAGCCCCGUUUGUCUGAUGUUGGAGAUAAGGUUUUAAAACGGGUUCUUCCAAUGCAAGAUGAGGCUAAAUGGAAGUUUGCUCCCAAUUGGCAAGGACCGUUCGUUGUUAAGAAAAUGCUAUCCGGAGGAGCGCUCAUCCUUAUAGAAAUGGAUGGUCAAGUUUUUCCCCAACUAAUCAAUGCAGACAUGUGCAAAAAGUUUUUCAUUUGA